UGUCCUUGUGAAGAAGUAGUGUUAAGGUUUAUAAAUUUGUUUUAAAGUGUUAUUUAAAGUAUAUGAUCAUGCUGAUUAGUUUAUCAAUAAUACAAAAUCAUAAAAUAUAAUCUUCAAUGAGUAUUACUAUAAUUUUCAUUUAUGUUUUUAAUUUAGUCUCAUGAGAGUGACCUGUGAUGACGUAGCCUAGGCGGUGGGCAAAAGGCAGAAAACGUUAUUCUGACACUUAGCUGAAAGCUAUGUCAGACUCUGUGUUUUGAGUGGAAAAUAUACAUGCAUUUGGACCGUGACGAUCAACUUAGCGAUGUUGUGUGAUUAUUGUACACGAAUUUACAAAUGAAAAAGCCCGGAUCAGAAGGCCUAAUCAGAUCUACUUAAAUCAGUGUGUACUCUUUUGGUGUCAUACUAUUGAGGUGUACGGCCUACCUAACAGUGAAUACUGGCCUAUGCAUUAGUUGUAUUACUGGGCCUACUGUGACUUUGGAUAUACUGUAACCUUUUCAGUCCAGGGCUGUGUUGGUUGUGUUGAUAUUACAUUAUAAAAGGCUAUAUUCCCAAUGGAGUAAAGGAGUAUACUCAAGGCCUAAAGUAAAAUAUGCCUAGAAAUAACCUAAAACCAGGCCAUAGAGAUUUGGGAUCCACCACGACUGACGUAAGGCAUGAAGAACAUUUUUCAAUCAAGUUACUUGUUGUUUUGUCAGAAUAAAGAAUGCCACUGAAGAUUUCACAGUGAAGUUCACAAUGGUGCUGACAGUAUAACAGUCCCGAACAUCAAAGUCGCGAUGACCAGCAAUCAAAUGGUAGAUUCCUGUCUCCUGGUGAACAGGCGGAUAGAGCAGCGUCAGGAACACAGCGUCACUCGCACGGAGAUAACUCAGAGAAGGGUUCUUCAGGAAACACCCCAAGAGCUGCCUCAUUUUACGGCUCAACCUGAAAUUCAACAAUCUAGUUCUUACUCCGUAGAUAUUUCUUACCAUCCGACAAACGGACAUAUUGAGAACCUUUCUCCCAACUCUACAACUCAUCUACCUGAGAAUCCAACUGGAACACUAGUCUCACGUACUCAGAAACAUCAAACGACACAGCAAGUGACAACAGUUACUAAGGUGGUACGUGAGGUGCACCAUAUGGGCCCAGAGGGCCAGGCCGUGCCAGUGGACUAUGUGUCAGUUCCGGUGGGGCUGCCGUACUCCGCAGUUCCCCCCACCACCUCCCCUCACCCACACCCGCCGUUCUCCAACUACGACCACAUGGCUGGCCAGGAACCACCGUUUCCUCCCUCUGAAUCAGGGAGACAUUACACUGACCAGUACCGCCCAACGUACCAAGAUUACGAUCACUACCCGUACCCUAACCAAGUGUACCCUGGGACCUACCCUGCUUAUGGUCAACAGGACUACAGUGAGCGCCCUCCCACGCCACCUAGUCCAAGCGAGCCGAGCGACUCCCCCACCCCUCAGCAUGAUUUUCUAAGGAAAGGUGCUCCGUUCCCUACCGCCGGGUAUGAUGAGUUGGAACCAUCACAUAUCCUGCCACGCACAGACCACUACCGGAUAACUCCAUCACCUGGGGGCAUAGGAGAUAGAUAUGAUCAAAUGAGUAACCCCUGGCCUAUUGAUGAUUCAGGGGAGCCUUCUCAAAUACCUCAUGGUGAUGUAGGCGAUUUAGUAGGGAAGGUAGUGUAUGGGUAUGACCCAGUAUCACCUUACGGCACUUUACGACCGUACAUUGGGAACGGCUCAACAUCUGACGGCAACAAUUAUGAUGAUAGACCACCCUAUCAGGAGACUGCUUCCCCCUCAGUGGACGAUGACCAAAGGGGAACACGGUGGCGAGAUCCAAAUUUAACAGAAGUCAUUAGUUUUUUAAGUAACCCCAAUAAUGUAAUUAAAGCCAAUGCUGCAGCCUACCUUCAGCAUUUAUGUUAUAUGGAUGACCCCAAUAAGCAAAAAACAAGAUCGCUGGGAGGCAUUCCUCCUUUGGUUAAGUUGUUGGGCCAUGACAGCCCAGAUGUCUACAGGAAUGCUUGUGGGGCCCUCAGAAAUCUGUCAUACGGUAGACAGAAUGAUGAAAACAAACGAGCUAUAAAAAAUGCUGGUGGAAUUCCUUUACUCAUGAACCUUCUGAAGAAGCCUUCUGAUGCUGAAGUGAAGGAGUUAGUGACUGGAGUACUGUGGAAUCUGUCAUCUUGUGAGGACCUGAAAAGAUCCAUCAUUGAUGACGGACUCUCUAUGAUUGUCAAUUUAAUUAUCAUCCCUCACUCUGGGUGGGACUCCAGCAACCCUGGAGAGACUUGUUGGUCUACUAUAUUUAGAAACACUUCUGGAGUACUUAGGAAUGUAAGCUCGGCUGGAGAGUAUGCUAGGAAAAAGCUACGAGAGUGUGAAGGACUAGUUGAUUCAUUAUUGUAUGUGGUCCGAUCAGCCAUAGAAAAAUCCAAUAUCAGUAACAAAAGCGUUGAAAACUGUGUUUGUAUUCUGCGCAAUUUGAGUUACCGUUGCCAAGAAGUGGAAGACCCGAACUACGACAAACACCCCUUACCUACUCAGAGUAGAGUGGGGCCCCCACCCAAAGGUCUGAAUCUUUGUGCAGGUGAAAACUUGGGGUGUUUCGGUGCUAGUAAAAAGAAAAAGGAAGCUCAAAUGGUGCAACAGAAAGAAACUGCCAGCACAAGUAGAAGUACGAGUAGGUCGGAGCCUGUGAGGGGAAUGGAGCUUCUGUGGCAACCCGAGGUGGUACAGUCAUACUUGUCACUCCUGCAGACCUGUUCUAACCCGGAGACCCUAGAGGCUGCUGCCGGAGCUCUACAGAACCUGGCUGCGUGCUACUGGCAACCGAGCAUUGAGAUACGUGCGGCUGUCCGCAAGGAGAAGGGACUUCCCAUUCUUGUGGAGCUGCUAAGGAUGGAGGUGGACAGAGUUGUAUGUGCUGUUGCAACUGCACUGAGAAAUCUGGCCAUAGAUCAGCGCAACAAAGAAUUAAUAGGUAAAUAUGCAAUGAGAGAUCUGGUCCAGAAACUACCUUCUGGUACCCCUCAACAUGAUCAAGGCACAUCGGACGAUACGAUUGCUGCUGUUCUUGCUACACUUAACGAAGUUAUCAAGAAGAAUGCAGAGUUUUCAAGGUCACUGCUAGAGGCUGGUGGCGUAGAGAGACUAAUGAACAUCACCAGACAACGGCUCAAAUACACACAUCGAGUGCUGAAGUUUGCCGGCCAGGUCCUCUUUACUAUGUGGCAACAUCAGGAACUUAGGGAGGUGUACAAGAAGCACGGGUGGAAGGAGCAGGACUUUGUGACCAAGACAGUAGCUGCACGUAAUGCAGGUCCUCAUUCCCCCAACAACGCCAACAACACUCUGAACAGACCAAUGGCCAGUCAGGGUGGCACACGUUACGAGGACAGAACCAUCCCCAGGCCUACCAACUCCGAUAACUCUAGGUCCCCGGGUCCCUCUAACAACUUCCCUCCAGGGAAUGAAGAAAUCCCAAUGGCCGACAUGUCUUACCCAGAGGGUGCGACUCAUGCACCUCCCCCGGGCGGUGUUCGAAUCUACCCUCCACCACCGGUGAAACCCGGAGAACCGUUGUACGCUCAAGUUAACAGGGAAAAGAAAAAGAACCGAGGCCCUGGUAACCAGUUGGACGGGGGAGUUGCCCCCGGACCUGGGGACAUGUGGGGCUACGAAGACCAAGGCCCCGCACCCAAGGGACUUGUAGUAGAUGGACACGGUCACAUGGCAGCCCCCGCGCCACCCGGAGGGGACUCUUGGGUCUAAGACUCACUUUUCUACUGUGUAUAGUUUAUUUAUUACUGGAACAGUGCUCGAACGCUAACCAGUGUCUCUCUUUUCUAACAAUUAUUCUGUACAUAAGAAGACGGUGGGAGGUCUAUUUGAGCUGGAGUGCCAUCCACGACUGUAAGACUGUAGUCUCCCUUUCUUGCGAUUUUAAGAUUGUGCAUUCCAUUUGUGUAAUGUUAUGGUGUAUCUUUAAGUACAUGAAACCAAAUGGUCGAGCGUGUGUUUUCUUUUUACUGCUCGACAUCGUACAAAAUAUCCUUUUUAGCCUCUUUUGUCAGUUUUCUAAACAGUCUCAAAUGGUUUUUAUUUAACGACAUUGUCACGCUCGAAACGGAUUGCAACCAUGUAGGUGAUUAUAUUGAAUAUAUUUGUAAAGAAGGUUACAUUCCUGUAACGAUUUUUUUACUCGAUGAUGGUGAGUGAACUAUAUACUAUAGGAAAUAAAUUUCCUACUAUAUAUUACUGAUAUUUUUAUCGUUCUUGUUUUAAAAUUACAUAUAUUUCCUAUUCAAACACUGCUGAAUUAUGAAGAAAAUAAAACAUAAAAUAUGUGUUUUGUUUGUUGUUAUUAAAAAUGCUGACAUCUUGCUAUCAAUUCUGAAAUAAAAAUAAAAUUCUCUGUUUUGGACUUUAUUAUACAGCUUUGAGUGUCAAUUUUCACUGACUGUGAACAAAUUAAAACAAAAAAAAACGCUGACUAGACAACAAAUUAUUGUAGUACUACUAAAGCUUAAAAGAAAAAGUAACCUAUUUUGAAAGUCUUCCGAAACACAAGUUAGAGAGUGUGAAAUGAUUCAUUCACUAUCUUUGAGGCAUUAUUUUCUGUCAUCAGUUGGUUUCCCUAUACUCUGUACACACCACUGAAUCAAACCAAAUACAUGGCACCAUAUUAGAGAGGUAGAAAAGUGUAUUAGCAAAGUUGUCAUUGCAUUAUUAUAAUCAUCAAUUGUCUUGUUUACUAAUGAAGAUGGUUUGUUAAUAGAAAAUAUAGUGAAUGUGUAUUCAUUGAAUUUAUUGAUAUUGUUUCAGUUACAGUAUCAUAAAAGAUAUUUUGGUUUUGAUCUCGUAUUAUCGUAAUGUAGAAGGCAAUGCAAGUUUUGUCUAACAGGCAGGUUUCUUCGAAUGUUGACUUUUAUGUUUAUUUAUUUUCUACGGAAGUUCCGUUUUUCGGUUAUUGCCGGAUAAGAAAAGAGUUGGCACCAUUCUAGAAUUGUGUUACAAAGCUCAUAUUUUUAAUGUUGAGGAAAUCGAAGCAUUUUGUGUUUUGUACUUUUUUGCUGAAAUUGUGCAUUGUAGCAAAUCAUUGGAAGUAUUUAGUUUUUUACAUGAUUAAUUCUGUUACUCAUAAGCAGUGCUUGGUUUUAUUUUAUUUUUUCAAGUAAAACAGUAUUUUUUCUCAAUUCAAAUUUGCUCAGAAAUAUAUCAAAUAUCUUCUGCCCACACAGACGGGGAAAUUAUGUAAAAAAAUACUUCCUCAGACCAAACAAGUCUUAAUUUCAGAGAAGUAGAUUAGAAAGGAUUGUACAACAAACUUAUUUUUAAUUAUCUACUUUCUCAUUUCAAUUACAUUUUGGAAAACCACCAAUUGUUAAUUUGUCACAAACCGUAUUUAUAGAAUUUUUCCAUGAUUGGAUGUGUUUUGACUUUGAGAGUUCAGUGUUAAGAGUGGUUCUAUUUAUGUUCUCAGAACUGAAUUUGUAAAAAUUCUUUAAAAAAGUGAAUUUAAACUUUUUCUUACAUAGUUUGUCAUGACUAGGCCUAAUGCAAGCACUGCACAGGCAAUUUAUUUUUCAUAUUUUCUUGUUUAACAAUGUGUAAUUAAGUUUACUUUUUCAAAUAAGAAACUGAUUUGUUGAUUUUAUGUUUAAAUGAGCCAAGAAUUUUUCAUUGACAAUUUAUGCACCAUUCAUAAGUAAUUUAUCCAAAGGAACAUCACUCGUAUUGAAAUUCUUAAGCAAAUUAUUAAAGAUUUUGGUAAAUGAGUUGAGUAUUGAAAUCCCUCUUGCCAUUGAGAAAUGUGCUAGAAUUCUUUCUUUCUUGUUCCCGUUGAUAGUAGGCUGGACUAAAAGUCAUGAAACAUCAUGUUAAAUUCAAAUUUAGACUAUGCUGCAAAGUGGAAAUUUAGGCUGUAAGUUCGUUUUUGUUAGUUCUCUCCCAGGUUUCAGAUUUACAUAGUGUUUUGGGGUUUACACAGAUCUAAAACCAAAGGCACCUGUUAAUGCAUUGGAAAUAGAAUUUAUUUCAUUUGUUUAUUCUACUUAUCAAUCAGAUAUGUUCAUCAUAGAGUGUCAAGUGAUUGAGUUGCCUUCAACAGACAUGAAACCGAACAUCAAUAGUCAGUGUUAAUUAUUGGAAAAUCUACUGUUUAUUUUCAAUUAUUACAAUCCAAAGGAAAGGUCCAAUGUGGAAUGAAAUAUGAGUAUUAAAUUAUUAAUAAUAAACCAGAUGCAUCAUUUAAUUGAUGUUAUUAAGUCUAACACUAGUAUGGAAACUUACAAGAAUACAUUCCAUGUGCGCACAUGUAGAGCCCUUUGAAGUUCUUAGAACUUGUAGAAAAGUUUUGGUAAAUUCCACCGACCUCAAGAAUAAAGCUCCUGGCUCUGACAAAAUCCCCAUCAGGUUCUGAAGAUAUACCUACGACAGUAGUUUUUUAAGUAAAGGCCAUUUUUGCCUAUAGCCUCGUAGUUCCCGUUUACGCAGCAACGAGGCUACUCGAUGCUUACUGGCUUCAUUUGUGAAUAAAUUGGCACAACUUGCAGCUCUGUAGCUGAUGUAUAAGCUUUGCUGUGCGUUUAAAUUUUUUUUUUAAUUAUUUAAUCUCCCGCCGCAUGCGCAAUAAGGUCAUUGAUAUGUUUUUUUAACACAAGAAACAUUUCCAAUGCUAACAUUCAUUGCCAGAUGACUUAUGGUUAUGACAGUAGUGCAAUGAGUCAGGGUAAAGUGGGCAAAUGGGUUAGGAAGUGUAAAAAUGGCCCUAAACACCUUUUUCCUUUCUGGUCUUCUGUAAGAAGUCUGGGUACCUACCAAAAACACAAUUCCUUCCAAAAUGGAAAUUUUUGUGGUCAAAAAACGUAUCACUGGCCUUAUCUUGAAGGUAGCAGGGGAUUCAAUAAUUUUCUAAACAUAUGGCUACAAAGCUGCAAAUGGUGCUAUUCUAUUCACAAAUGAUGCUAGUAAGCAGUGAGGAGUCUCGUUGUGGCGUAAAGGGGAACUACGGAGCAAAACGCAAAAACGGCACAUACUUAAAAAAGACCCACGUAAAAGACAAUUUUUGCAAUUCAUAUAUUUUCAGAAUGGGUUGUUAUUCUAUAAUAUGUAAAAUAUUAAUAACUAACAACAGAUUUUGACAACCAGAUGCUGAUUUAAAACCCAAUACAACAAAUAAAUUUGCCUUGGUAUGGAAAGUUUGUUUUAAAUUGUUUUGUGUGUCCUGUCUUAUAAAAUUUAAAUUACUUAAUAUCUCAACUCAUUUACCUUUUCCAUCAAACUAAAAGAUUAAAAAAAGAAAAUUUCCAACUACAUACUAAAAUGUGACAUAAUAGCACAGCUGAUAGAUUAAUUGACCUUUUUUUACCAGAGUAUUUACAUUAUAGUUGUUUCCAUUUGAUGUUAAAAAUAAUAAAAUAAUAUAUUUUGAUGUGUUCUGAGUUCAGAAAUUGAAAUUAUUACUGGUGGCAGCGGUGUAGAAAAAGUGUUGAUUUUAAUCUUAAGCCUCAAACCAACAACAAAAUGGAUCUGAUAGCUCCUAAACCAUUAGACUUAAGUUUGGGUUUGUUUGUUUGAGUUUUUUGCCAAAGCAAUCUCGACGUCUAGAACACCCAUCCUCUGGCUCCAGCGGCACCACCCCAGCAAACUCAAAUUUAUCAGGACAAGCUAUGCACUAGUGGGCCUAAGACCCAUUAUUCGUCCAACGCUUUGGACAGAUGAAAUUGGAAGGGAACGGAAGCGAGUUGGUUAAUGAAGCUUCUUGUAGGUUGUUUGUAUGUAACUGAUGAACAAUGUGUUUGAUGAAAAGAUUGAAGAAAUAAUUCUAUUCCGAGACUGGCUUGCAUUUCUUGCAGAAGUGUUAGUCAGUCUCCUUCUCGGAGUUGAUCUCAGAACAUAAUAGUUUUUUCCAUCUCGAUUCCUAAGUCUUUUUAUGCAAGACAAUGUUCAUCAGCUACAUACUAACAAUACACAUCAGAACGAUCUAUUAUGCAACCUUCAUCCAUUCCCUUCCAAACUCUUUCUCUUGUCCAAUGCGCUGGACUAAUGAUGGGUCGUCUGCAGAUCCACUGGUACACUUAUGCAUGGCACAUCCUGAUGAACUUGAGUUUGCUGGGGUGGUGCCACCGGAGACCAUUAGGGUGCUGCAAGCUUGGGCAGUAACUUAAGUGAUAUCACUUAAGUCUAAUGUUUUUCAAGUUUAAAGAUCCAUCUUGUUGUAUGUUAGAGGCAGUUUUCAUCACAAAAAUGGUUACAUUGAGGUUGUUUUGAUUUGAUGUUAAAAGAAAGUGAAUAAACUGGUAUAUCUUGUUCUGACUUUAGACAUUGAAAUUAUUAAUUUUAAUUAUAACAAAGCAGGUAAUCAUGGUGACAGUUCUAGUUUUGGACCAUAUCCUCAUUUCAAGGUAUACCAUUGUCGGGCCUAUUUUAUUAUUAAUAAAAUUAGUCUUUUUUUAAGAUACCUGGUAUUUAACGAGUUCCAAGUCAUUUAUGAAUGUUUGUGUGUUGUUAGCUGUUGUGUUUGUUAAUUCACAAAAGACUACUGUUAGUAACUAUCGACAGUAUUAAUUUAUGUAUUUUCUAAGACUAUGACAUUUAUUUUUAAUCUAAAAGUAAAACGUUAUCUUUCCAUGCUAUGAUUAGUCAGAAGACAUAAUAUUUAGCACUCUUUGUAAAGCAAAGUGCAAAUUCUUAGUUAAGCUAUAUUGUAAUCAUAGUUGUGAAAUAUGAAUGUUAAAUACUGUUACCCUGAUAUCAAAACUUUUUUUGUAAGAUUUUUACAAACAGAUUAGAGAUAUUAAAGUCGCAUAAAUUGUAGUUAAGUUGUGAAAACGCCAAUCUCAUGACAUAUGGUACGAAAGCCUAAGUUUAAUGUAGUGUGGUAAUGAUUUGUAGAUAGCUAUAUAAAUGUACAAUAAAUUACAAUGUGUGCUACACCAGCUAGUUAAUAUUUAUCUGAAUCAUUGAACAAUGUUAUCAUCUUUACUUAUGACUAUGAGAGAUGUUUUAUUAUAUUUUAUUUUUAUGUUAUUAUUGCUUUACAUAGUUUAUGAAAGCAGAAAGCGAAGGAACUGGAAGUUUACAUAAGAACUGUGGAUGUUAUGUCUUUCAAAAUCGCUGAUAGUCCACCUGUGAGUUUUUUACUUUUUUGUGAUUUUUAGCAACACGUAUUGUAUGUGACUUUAUUGCUGGGAAUUUAAAUUUCAUUAUGCCGUUAAUGUGUAUUACUUAUUCUUUAUAGACUUAAAAACUUUCUUAACUGGAAUGUAUCAAAGUAAUUUUCCAAUAAACUAAGAAUAUAUUUAAAUUAUUUAUGUGGUCAAUAUGAAGACGGCCUUUUUCUGUCUUUUUAUUGUAUUCAUACCUCGUCACUCAUUAGCUUGUUGAAUGGUAAUUGUCUUAUCUUACCUUAUGUUAAGGGAAAAUGUUAUUAUUACGUAAUAAAAUAAUUAUUGAUUAUAUUACAAUAAAUAAUUUUUA